UUACGGGGAAUUUGCUGUCCCAACUACCAAACUACGAAAUUGGAAGCAACAAUGAUAUCUUCAACUGCUGCCAAAAUAGGGCGACCUUCUUCUUCGCCAUUAUCACUUCUCCUUAAACCUCAAACUUCUCGCCGGAUUCUUACUCCCUCCGCUUCGUUUUCCUCCUCUCUUCCCUCUCGCAAACUCAUUCUCUACUCCAAACCCGGAUGCUGUUUGUGCGAUGGCCUCAAAGAGAAACUACACGCUGCCUUUCUCCUCUCCGGCCCCGAUUCUCUUCACGACGUCCAUUUACAGGUGAGGGAUAUCACUACUAACCCUGAAUGGGAGAGAGCUUACCAGUAUGAGAUUCCUGUGCUUGCCAAAGUCCGCUCUGAUGGCUCGGAGGAAGUGCUUCCUCGGCUAUCUCCUCGUUUGGGAGUGGAGUUUGUUCAGAAGAAACUGGCAGCUGCCCUACAAUAGGAGAAAGGGUUUGCAAAGAAGGGUGGAGGUCAGGGAGGGGAAAAAGUGCAGAAAAGCAGAGAUUUUGACCUGGUCAAAAGUUGCAAACUUGAGCAAACCCAACACUCAUUUGAAAGUUUUGUAGGUUUCUUAUCUCCACAUGAUUACCAGAGUUCCAAACUCGUAAGUUUACUCAACCUUUCGUGGGUUCAUUGCAAAAACCUCUCUUUUCAUUUUUGUUGUAAACUUAUAAUUGAUCUCUUCUUAAUAUUGUGACAACUCAAAAAAGAAAAGGCUUUAGCUAUUUGAUUUGACCUUCUAAGUUCUUUCAUCUCUUUAAAGUUAAAUAAAAAACAAUGAUAGUAACUAAUAGUUCUUGUCAUGAAGAAUUUCCUUUGCCCGCUUC